AUGUUUAGAAUUUCAAUGUCUGGAAUGUUUUCUAUUCCGCCGGAAGUUCAACUUGACGUUUUAAAAUGUCUUAAUUUCGAGCAAUUAUUCUCUCUCAAACAAACCAACUUUUAUUUUUUGAACUUUAUUAAUAAAUACGAGGGAGGAUUGGCCCGAAUUAAAUUCUAUAAACUUAGACUGAUUCGCACCAACUUUAUCUUUAGGCAAGAUGUAAUCAUUAAAUUUGAGCCUGCAAUUUCUGAAUCUGUUUUGGACGGAAAGUGGCAAGCAGCGAUAGCUGAAUCGACUCCUUUGUUUUUACAUGGAUUUGAAGAUAAUAUUGAAGAAUUUGCUGUUCGGAUAAAGAAAACAGGUAGUGUCACUUAUUACGAGGGCCGGCUUUCCUAUAGGCUGUUUGAAUGUCAAUCAUUGUAUAUUACACCCGGGAGCAGGUGGCCGGAACCGGAACUGAAAUAUUUGGCCAGAACCGGAACUGAAAUUUUGACCGGAACCGGAACUGAAAUUUUGACCGGAACCAGAUCUAAUUUUUUGGUUCCGAGCCGGAACCGGAACUUUGUUUAA